AUGAACAAUUGGACGAUGGAUAUCAUACAAAACAAAGGCCCUCAAGAAGCUUCCGAGAUUUACUACUGGCAACAGAUGUGGUGGUUUAACGACCAAGAUCAACUCGACAAUGCUUCUAUCGAGCAGCUUCGGCAUCGCUUUACAAAUAUUUGGCUUCCUGGAUUGACGGCUCAGGAACGACAAGAUCUCAUGUUUCUUGUCGUUGAUAAGGCGGCGCUGAAUUCUGUUUCAGUCGUUGAUGAGGAUGUGCUCAACACUCCUGAUUUGAGACUGCCAGAGCAUUAUAGGGGCGAGUAUCGCUGUAUCAAGGCUUGGGAUCGCAAUACAUCGGAGAAAGACAGCGUGUAUCCUCGUUGGAAGAAGGUCAGCGUCCCAGAAGUCUUCUGUCUGUAUGAGAUAGCUUUACGCAUUGAAAACAAGAGGAUGAAGGCACUUCGCUCAAGAUCUACAGACUGA